UCCCGUUCCGGUCCGGCUUUACCUGUUCUGACUAAUCCAAUCCAAACGAAGCUUCACCUUCUUCUUCAUCUUUCCUUUUACUGUGUUCAUUCAUGUCAAUUUCCUAAACCCUAAAACCUAAAUUAAAAAAUAAAAUGAAACUAGUGUUAGGUGGCUAUGCUUCUUCUUCAAUUUCGUCUUCAAUUCAGUUCUUAGCUUUCCCAAUCUUCAAUUAUUCAUUCCCCUGUUUUAAUUGGAAUCAUAAUUUUAAUAACAGAAUCAUCAUGUCCCCGUCUCCUAUUCUUCGUUGCUCUUCGGAUUUUUCUUCCAUCGCCGCCGGAGACGACUCCACCGCCGCGGAGGCUGUUACAAAGCCAAAGCAGCAGCAUCCUUGGCUCAUUGUUGGGCUCGGUAAUCCUGGCAAAAAAUAUCAAGCCACUCGCCAUAAUGUAGGUUUUCAGAUGGUUGAUGCUAUAGCUGAAGCUGAAGGGAUAUCUAUGUCCACUGUUUCCUUCAAAGCUCUUUUUGGAAAAGGUCUUAUCGGAAAUGUUCCUGUAAUGCUUGCCAAACCACAAACUUUCAUGAAUGCAAGUGGUGAGUCUGUUGGGGCUAUUGUCUCAUAUUACAAGAUUCCACUGAAACAAGUACUUGUGAUUUAUGAUGACCUAGAUUUGCCUUUUGGGAAGUUGCGACUAUUGCCAAAAGGUGGACAUGGAGGGCAGAAUGGGAUGAGGAGUAUAAUUGAUCGCUUGAAAGGAAAUCGGGAUUUUCCUCGUUUAAGAAUUGGUAUUGGGCGGCCACCUGGGAAAAUGGAUGCAGCGUACUAUGUUCUCCGACCUUUCGAUAAACGAGAGCGUGAAGAGUUGGAGUUUACGAUUCAUCAAGGCAUAGAAGCCAUCCGAAUUCUCUUACUGGAGGGAUUUAAUAAAAGUGCAACGUUUGUCAACACUGCAAAAACUGUGGACCAAUGUAGUUAACAGUGGCUCUUAUACCUAUCUAUUGAUUCAUUGAUCACAAAAAAAUGGUCAUCAAAAUUGAAGUUUUUGGUCCGUCGAAUAUUUGUUUUGUUGGAAGAGAAGGCGGGCAAAAACAUCAGUCCUUUUAUAGCUUAUGAUUCUUUUUUUUUCUUUUAAAGAACAAAAUGAUGUUUUAUUAUUGUCUGUCCUAUAAUUAACCCCUCAUUAUACUUGUCUUAAGAAAUUGGCAAUGCUAAACCUAUGUCUACUUCAACUCAUUUGAAUGACUGUAGAUGGAAAAUUGGAUAUGCAUUAAUGCUUGGUAGGGGAGUGUACUUGGAUGGUUACUUAA